AUGGAAGCGCCGACGAGUUGCGCCGCCGACCAUCCCCGAGACAACUCGCCGAGAAUCACUUCGAUAGAAUCGGGAAUGGCGAUUGAAUCACGACGUCGAUUACAGAUUUCCAGCGACGUUCGUAGGGAGGCCAGAUCGAUCGAUCAAUCGCGACAUGAGCAACCGAGCUACGGUUUGACAGUUGGCGCUCACGUGCGGGCUUUUCAAGGUCAAGCGGAGUCGCGCAGCGGUCUAAGAAUCAGAUGUCAUCAGGUCGGAACAUCAAUGGAGAUCAGAAAGCCACCGGUCUUUUCGCGCAAAGAUCUCGCCGCGUCUUCUUCGCGAGACGUCGAAACACAGGAUCUAACAAAGGCGUCGAUCGAUGUGUCUUCGUCGAGCUUUAAGCCGAACAAUCGAGCCUACAUCGCGACGAGCGAUCCGCAAAAAUCGAAUGAGCAGAACGCCACGGGAUCCAAGGUCGCAAUCUGCGAGGCCGUCCCGUGUGGUAAAAUCACGCGUUAUACCUCACCCGAUCACGUGGAGAGGAUUUAUGAGCGUAGUCUGCAACCGCAAGUGAUCCAUGCGGACGAUCUUGAAUCGAUACUUCGACCUUCGCUACAAGUGUCGCCUUACGGUGAAAGAAUCAGCGCUACCAGAUCGGAUAGUGACUCGCCCGUCAAGGAAACGUCGUCGAUUCUUGAGGACGAAUCGUUCGACAGAAUCGGCGAGGAGAUUGGCUUGAAGCAGUGCCUGAAGGUGCAGCAGAGUCUGCCGAACGGUAGAUCAAGAGAAUCGGCGGAUAAGAGAAAGGACAAUUCGUCGAAUUAUGCCAAGGACCAGCAACAUCUGGUUGUCUUUAACGAGCCCGCGAGGACUUUCGCGACUUUCCAAACGACAUCACCUUGUCAGGGUAAUGUCAAGUCAAGUGUCCAAUCUCGAUCUUCGGAGAUGAAGGAAUCUAAGGAAGAAAUUAAACAAAAUUCAGACGAGGCAACGAUGAUUCUUCAGGAUCUAAUAAUUGGCUAUCAAAACGCGUCGCGAGAGGAUCAGGAUCGACUGAUGAUCCAUUCGCGGGAAAAUAGCAAUCUAUCAACUGCUACAAUUCCUAUCGAUGAACUAGAGAAUCAAAGAAGUUCAAGGUCAAAGAGUGAAGGAGAAUCUUCUCGGAAUAAACUUCAGUUUAGUGAAAAGUCGCAAGACCGCGUUGAAGAGACAACGAAGAAUGCUGAAGAGCGUGGUGCGGUGAUCAAUGAAGUUCUUGUUAAAAAUCUGCGAUUUGAGCAAGAUUUGCCGGAAAUUCCGGCCGAAACAAAAGUGGAUCAUAGUGUUCAGCCGGUGAAUUUUCAUAAUAUUCUGUGCGACGAUUACGAGAACGAGAAGUUGAGGAACAAAAAAAUAUAUAUGACGAAGGAGGAGAUACAUCACCAGAGACUAAUAGAUAUGCUGAAGAAGGGGGACUUGGAGGCGCUAAAGACGUGUCUCGAAUCUCCUCGACAAAUUAUUAUUCGCCUCCAAUUCGAAGAAGACACACACUGGAGCAUCGUAUCGACCGUUACCGCUCGUCUACCAUUAAUUCCAGCGAUUAGCAACCAAAGAAACACUUGCAAACGCACAAAAACAGCGGGAGGGAUGAAGGGUCGGCCUUGA